AUGGGCCUCCAUCGCGAUAUCUCGCGGGCGGCGUCGGCGACAGCAGCGGCGGCGGGGGAACACGGGCACAGCCGAGGCGCGGGGCUCCGGCAGCGAGACGAAGAGGCAGACGGCGGAGACGAAGGCGGCCGCUAUUUCCGGCGGCUCCGGCGCCGGCGGCGCGGCGGAGGGCCUCUCUUCCACGGGGGCCACGGGCACGACGACCACAACCACGGACCUGCCCAAGACGGGCUGCUCAACAUCAACCACAGCGCGGCAGGCGGCGCGGGGAGAGCCUCUUCUCUCGCCGUUGGAGACACGUUUUCAUCUUCCCACGGGGGGCACUCGCACGGCGGCGGGAUGGGCCACAGCCAUAGCCACGCCCACUUCCACGUCGACAUGGCCACGCUCAAGAAACGGCCAACCCUCAUCAGGCUGUUCUUGGCUUCGAUGUGCGUUCUCGCGGUUCCGCUCUGGCGGCGCAGCAGUCGCCUGGAGUGGGCGGCCCUGGGAGGGGUCUCGAUGUUCUUGGCCGCCGUGGACAUGAGCAAGUUCGCCAUCAGCAAGCUGAGGGUGCAAGUCGGGCAGCUGUACUCGGGCUGGAAAGCCCACUCCGACCUGGCCACUAGCAGCCAGCAGGCAAAUAUCGAGUCGGCGGAGGCGGCUCGGGAAGUGGACGCUAUCACGUGGGCUGGGGCGCUCGUCAACGUUGGUCUCGCAGCUUUCAAGCUAUUCGCGGGCAUCUUGGGGCACUCUUCAGCAAUGAUCGCGGACGCCGGCCACUCCCUGUCGGACCUCCUCUCCGAUGCCGUCACCCUCUGGGCCGUCCGCCUGAGUCGGUUGCCCCCGGACGAGGACCACCCUUACGGCCACGGCCGGUUCGAAGCGGUGGGCGCGUUCAUCAUCGCGUUGAUGCUCAUGGGGGCGGGGUACGGCAUCGGCAACCACUCGUUCGAGACGCUCAGGGAGGUCAUCAGCCGAGGCGAGCACGCGGCGAUACCGACGCGCUUGACGGCAGUGGCGGCUAGCGUCAGCAUCAUCGCCAAGGAGGCGUUGUUCCGGGCUACCAACGCCAUAGGCAAGAGGCGGAACUCCCAGGUGCUGAUCGCGAACGCGUGGCACCACCGUACUGACGCCGUGUCGUCGGUGGUCGCUCUGCUCGCCAUCGCGGGCUCCAUGAGCGGCGCUCCGAUGUUGGACCCGAUUGCGGGGCUCAUGGUGGCGGGAAUGGUGGCUCUAACCGGGGUUCAGGUAUCGACGGACGCCAUGGCGCAGCUGACAGAUGCCGCGGACUACGACGUCCGCCGCAAGGUGGCGGAGAUAGCCACUCAGGUGCCCGGGGUGUUGUCCUUCGACCGUGUCCGAGCAAGAAGGAUGGGCCCGCAGACCCUGGUAGACCUCACCAUACAGACCGACGACAUGAUCUCAGCCUCGGCGGCACAGCAGAUUGGCCAGCGAGUAAGGUGGGAGAUCUUGGGAGAGCUCCCGUUCGUUGCGGACGUGAUGGUCAACAUCGCCGUCGAGCCUAAGCCCUGCCCGGCGAUGAGCAGCCUUCGACCGCAAGAGGACAUCGAGCAGGACAUUCGCGAUGUCGUCCUCUCGAAGCUUCCAGAGAUCGAGAGCGUCCCGAAGAUCAUGGUCCACUACAUCAACAUGGUGACCACGGCGGAGGUGUUCAUCCGCGUGGACCCCAACCUCAAGAUUCGGGACGCCGCCGACAUCGCGCGGCGCACCAAGAGGGCUCUGUCCUCCAGCGUGCACGACCUCUGCUCCUCGGAAGUUCACCUCGACCUCCUUGAGGCUUCCAAGUUCUAUUGAUAUCAAUAUGUGCGUGAAUGAUAAUGUAGACUCGGGCUUGAAGGAGACUCUCGCGCUUGACUCUUUUUAUUUUAUUUUGAACGAGUCGGAAGAAAGCGUUGUGUGGUGUGUUUUGAGCUUGUGCGUUUGAAAAAAGACCAACUGCAGCUGCUCGUUGAUUGUUCGGCCCUAUCGUGUGGGGACGUCUAACGGUGUGGAUUGGUCCGCGGUGUGGGCUUUGGUCAAUGCCUGGCAAUUCCAUAUUGGCGAGUGUAGAACGCGUUGGUGUGUCGUUACGUAAGUGAAGAUGACCCUGGCACUUGUUUUCAUUGCACCGGGGUCCCGAUGUUGAGCUGGUUGUGACCUCAUCUCGCCUUUGCUCGCUCUCCAAGGUCAGGCUGUUACUACUCCGUGUGUUGGUGUUGUUCGUUGAUGUUGUGUGUAUAACCCACGAGGGGACCGUAGAGCAUGCUUUGCGUUCUCGACGAGGCGUGCGCAGGACUGAUGGGCAGGCACCCGCGGGACUCUGAUGAACAGGCACCCGCCCCCCCAUGCGUUUUAUUUUUAUUUUAUUCGCGACGGAACCACGUGCGGAAGCAGUGUAAGCUGGUAG